GGGGCCGGCGGGCCCGAGCGGCUGUGGCGAACAAGAGGCGGUAAGUGCGCCGCCGGGCUCCAUUCGCCGGCAGCCGCAGCAGCGGAGGGAAGAAGGUCGUCGUUGUCGCCGCCGCUGCCAGGGAGCCGCCGCCGAGCUCGCCAUGGGUAAAGGCGACCCCAACAAGCCGCGGGGCAAGAUGUCCUCCUACGCCUACUUCGUGCAGACCUGUCGGGAGGAGCACAAGAAGAAACACCCGGACUCCUCCGUCAACUUCGCCGAGUUCUCGCGGAAGUGCUCGGAGCGGUGGAAGACCAUGUCCAGCAAGGAGAAAGCAAAGUUUGAAGAAAUGGCCAAAGGAGACAAGGCGCGUUACGACAGAGAGAUGAAAAACUACGUUCCUCCCAAAGGCGAGAAGAAGGGAAAGAAAAAGGACCCCAACGCUCCUAAAAGACCACCAUCUGCGUUCUUCCUUUUCUGCUCUGAACACCGCCCGAAAAUCAAAAAUGAACAUCCUGGCUUGUCUAUUGGAGAUACAGCGAAGAAGUUAGGAGAGAUGUGGUCUGAACAGUCGGCCAAAGACAAACAGCCGUACGAACAGAAGGCUGCAAAGCUAAAGGAGAAAUACGAGAAGGAUAUCGCAGCGUAUCGUGCCAAGAGCAAGAGCGACGCAGGGAAGAAGGGCCCAGGUAGGCCUGCGGGAUCUAAGAAGAAAGCAGAACCAGAAGAGGAGGAGGAGGAAGAGGAAGACGACGAAGAGGAGGAAGAGGAGGAGGAUGAGGAAUGAACGAAUGUCCUGCUGUAAAGAUUUAUGCUCGAAAUCCAAUAUUUUGCUAAGAAUGUGAACUCGAGUGCAGCUCGUGGUUAGCUUCAGUAUAGGACUCUGUACAGAACUGUGGGCAGGGAGCGUGGCUCUCGGUAGGGACACCCCCUGUGGGAUGUCAGGGGGAGCCCAGGGGCUGCCACAGCUCCCUUUAGAGAAAAAAAGAAAGAGUUGUGGAAUGUUUCUGCGUAUUUAAUGGUUUUGUUGAAACUCAGUGACUGUUAGCCAGGUGUUUCUCCAUAGCAAAGUAAAACAAAGGAGGUAGCUUAAUAGCUGAUCUUAUAUUUUGUAGUAUAUUGCAUUGUAUUACUUUUUUUAAACAAUUUUGUAAUAAAAUGUCGUACAUGA